AUGGACUCUCUACAUGCAGCAUUAGCUUUCCUGCGAGUGGGAAUGGAAGCAGGUGGAAAAGCGACCCGGUGGGGAGGAAUAAUUUUCCAAAAAGAGGAGGAUGAUCUACCCGCACUGCUGUUCGUUUGUCGCCUGAGGAAUGAAGCAAAUGGGGGGGGUCGGGGUGUGGUUUCCAUUAGGCAGGUGCGACACGACACGAUGAGAUUAGAUGAUAUUAGUUUCGAUGCGGUGCGGUGA